CACUGCCCGGGGAACGGGCGGCGUCCACUUGGCUCGGAAACAAAUGGGAUCAGCGGUUCUGUUGGGAAAGGGUCGCAGCCAGCUCAGAGCCAGAGGGACCCGAGUACGACAGCCCUAAGGGCCAGGAACCCGACCGCCUGGCCAGGUGUGCGGGAGCUGCCAGUGUCCUGGCCAAGCGUCUCCGACGGGAAGAAGUGUUGGGCUGUCUGUCUGUUGGCUGUGCGUCCUUCCAGCAGCCGGAGCGCCCGUCCCUCUCUCUGCUUCCCUAGCCCUGCUAAGACCUCAGGAUUGCAGAACGAGUGCCUGGAAGAACUUGCCACUCACUCCAUCUGCCAGGUUUUCCAGAAUGAUGGGGACUUCCCUUCUGGCCCUCCUGAUCUUAGGCUGUCUCCUCACAGGGCCCAGCCUAAUCCUCUGCCAGCUUUCAUUACCGUCUAUCCUCCCAAACGAAAAUGAAAAGGUCGUGCAGCUGAAUUCAUCCUUUUCUCUGAGAUGCUUUGGGGAGAGUGAAGUGAGCUGGCAGUACCCCAUGUCUGAAGAAGAGAACCCCAAUGUGGAAAUCAGAAAUGAGGAGAAUAACAGUGGCCUUUUUGUGACCGUGCUGGAGGUGGUCAACGCGUCGGCGGCGCACACGGGCUUGUACACUUGCUAUUACAACCACACUCAGACGGAGGAAACGGAGAUCGAAGGCAGGCACAUCUACAUCUACGUGCCAGACCCGGAUGUAGCCUUUGUACCUCUAGGAAUGACAGAUUAUUUAGUCAUCGUGGAGGAUGAUGAUUCUGCCAUCAUACCUUGUCGCACAACUGACCCCGAGACUCCGGUGACCUUGCGCAGCAGUGACGGGGUGGUGCACGCCUCCUAUGACAGCAGACAGGGCUUUAAUGGGACCUUCAGCGUCGGGCCCUAUGUCUGCGAAGCCACCAUCAGAGGGAAGACGUUCCAGACCAUCCCGUUUAAUGUUUAUGCUUUAAAAGCAACAUCAGAACUUGAUCUAGAAAUGGAAGCUCUUAAAACUGUGUAUAAGUCAGGGGAGACGAUUGUGGUCACCUGUGCCGUCUUUAACAAUGAGGUGGUUGACCUUCAGUGGACUUACCCUGGAGAAGUGAAAGGCAAAGGCAUCACCAUGCUGGAGGAAAUCAAGGUCCCGUCCAUCAAACUGGUGUACACUCUGAGGGUCCCCGAGGCCACGGUGAAAGAUAGUGGAGAUUAUGAAUGUGCUGCCCGCCAGGCCACCAAGGAGGUCAAAGAGAUGAAGAAAGUCACCAUUUCUGUCCAUGAGAAAGGGUUCAUUGAAAUCAAACCCAACUUCAGCCCAUUGGAAGCUGUCGACCUACAUGAAGUCAAACAUUUUGUGGUGGACGUGCAGGCCUACCCACCUCCCAGGAUAUCCUGGCUGAAGGACAACCUGACUCUGAUUGAAAAUCUCACGGAGAUCACCACGGACAUAGAAAGGAUUCAGGAAAUAAGGUAUCGGAGCAAAUUAAAGCUGAUCCGCGCUAAGGAGGAAGACAGCGGCCAUUACACGAUCGUCGUUCAAAAUGAGGACGACGUGAAGAGCUAUACUUUCGAGCUCUUAACUCAAGUUCCCUCGUCUAUUCUGGACUUGGUUGAUGACCACCAUGGCUCUACAGGGGGACAGACUGUGAGAUGCACCGCUGAAGGGACGCCUCUUCCUGAUAUCGAGUGGAUGAUCUGCAAGGAUAUUAAGAAGUGUAAUAAUGAAACUUCAUGGGCGGUUUUGGCCAACAAUAUCUCAAACAUUAUCACGGAGGUCCACCCCCGAGACAGGAGUACUGUGGAGGGCCGAGUGACAUUCACCAGGGUGGAGGAGACCAUCGCUGUUCGAUGUCUGGCCAAGAAUCUCCUUGGGGCUGAGAGCCGAGAGCUGAAGCUGGUGGCUCCCACGCUGCGUUCUGAACUCACCGUCGCCGCUGCGGUCCUCGUGCUGUUGGUGAUUGUGAUCAUCUCACUUAUUGUCCUGGUUGUCAUUUGGAAACAGAAACCGAGGUAUGAAAUUCGUUGGAGGGUCAUUGAAUCCAUCAGCCCUGACGGACAUGAAUAUAUUUACGUGGACCCGAUGCAGCUGCCUUAUGACUCAAGAUGGGAGUUUCCAAGGGAUGGACUCGUGCUUGGUCGUAUCCUGGGAUCUGGUGCGUUUGGGAAAGUGGUUGAAGGAACUGCCUAUGGGUUAAGCCGCUCCCAGCCUGUCAUGAAAGUAGCAGUGAAGAUGCUAAAACCCACAGCCAGAUCCAGUGAGAAACAAGCUCUCAUGUCGGAACUGAAGAUAAUGACUCACCUGGGGCCGCAUUUAAACAUUGUGAACUUGCUGGGAGCCUGCACCAAGUCAGGCCCUAUUUACAUCAUCACCGAGUACUGCUUCUAUGGGGAUUUGGUCAACUAUUUGCAUAAGAAUAGGGAUAGCUUCCUGAGCCGCCACCCGGAGAAACCAAAGGAAGAGCUGGACAUUUUCGGAUUGAACCCUUCCGAUGACAGCACACGGAGUUAUGUUAUUUUAUCUUUUGAAAACAAUGGUGACUACAUGGACAUGAAGCAAGCUGACACCACCCAGUAUGUCCCCAUGCUGGAAAGGAAAGAGGUUUCUAAAUACUCGGACAUCCAGAGAUCGCUGUAUGACCGCCCAGCCUCGUAUAAGAAGAAGUCUAUGUUAGACUCAGAAGUCAAAAACCUCCUUUCGGACGAUAACUCAGAAGGCCUUACCUUGUUGGACUUGUUGAGCUUUACCUAUCAAGUUGCUCGAGGAAUGGAAUUUUUGGCUUCAAAAAAUUGUGUCCACCGGGACCUGGCUGCUCGAAACGUCCUCCUGGCGCAGGGGAAAAUCGUGAAGAUCUGUGACUUCGGCCUGGCCAGAGACAUCAUGCAUGAUUCAAACUACGUGUCCAAAGGCAGUACCUUUCUCCCCGUGAAGUGGAUGGCCCCUGAGAGCAUCUUCGACAACCUCUACACCACGCUGAGUGACGUCUGGUCCUACGGCAUUCUGCUCUGGGAGAUCUUUUCCCUUGGCGGCACACCCUACCCCGGCAUGAUGGUGGAUUCUACUUUCUACAAUAAGAUCAAGAGUGGGUACCGGAUGGCCAAGCCUGACCAUGCCACCAGUGAAGUCUACGAGAUCAUGGUGAAGUGCUGGCACAGCGAGCCGGAGAAGAGACCCUCCUUCUACCACCUGAGUGAGAUUGUGGAGCACCUGCUGCCUGGACAGUAUAAGAAGAGUUAUGAGAAGAUUCACCUGGACUUCCUGAAGAGCGACCACCCGGCCGUGGCGCGCAUGCGCGUGGACUCGGACAACGCCUACAUUGGCGUCACCUACAAAAACGAGGAAGACAAGCUGAAGGACUGGGAGGGCAGCCUGGACGAGCAGAGGCUGAGCGCGGACAGCGGCUACAUCAUCCCCCUGCCCGACAUCGACCCUGUCCCUGAGGAGGAGGACCUGGGCAAGAGGAACAGACACAGCUCGCAGACCUCAGAAGAGAGCGCUAUCGAGACAGGUUCCAGCAGCUCUACUUUCAUCAAGAGAGAGGAUGAAACCAUUGAGGACAUCGACAUGAUGGACGACAUUGGCAUAGACUCCUCAGACCUGGUAGAGGACAGCUUCCUGUGACUGGCAGAUUCAGGGGGGCACCUUCCACUCCUGGGGCCACCUUGGAUCCCUUUAAGCAAACCACUUGAUUGCAAUGCAAACGUUUGGGAGGAGGACUCGGAUGAGGUGUAAAGAGAAGUUCCCGGCCAAGGGCCUCAGGGAGCCUGCUCACUAUGGAUGAAUGGGAGAUUUCGAAAUGAACCCUGUCAGCCUUGCCUCUUGGCAAUGCUUCAGUGGCAUCUCAGCAGCGUGUGAGGUUUGGAGAUGUUUGGACAAGGAAGUGAUAGGCCUUGGAAGGUGAACUCCAUGUUUCCAAGGCAUUGGUGAGAUUCCAACAGACACAACUUCGAUUGCGAGAAAACCCCAGCAUUGUAAUUAUGUAAAUAGGUCUAACUGAGGAUGUGUUUAGAUUUGUAUUAACUGUCUUCUCUGGACUUCUGAAGAGACCACUCAUCCCAUCCAUGUACUUCCUGCUUGAAACCUGGUAUCAGCUGCUGUUGAACUCCUCUGUGAAGUACAUGCAAAACCACUUUUGAACCUUAAAAGGUACUGGUACUAUAGCAUUUUACUUUUUUUUUUUUUUUUAGUGUUCAAGAGAUAAAGAAUAAUAAUUAACCAAUCUUGUUUACUAGAUUUGGGUCCUUUAGAAGCCCACCAACUCAUUUUUGUAUUGUAAUCUACGUUUAUAAUACUACUGUUAUCAGUAAUGCUAAAUGUGUAAUGUGUAACACGUUUUCCCUACAGAGAAAGCACAAUUAAAAAAAAAAUUCUUACUAAGUAGGAGACAAGUUUGACAGUUUUUGACAUUUAUAUCAAAUAACCGAUGUUUCUCUAGAAAAUAUGGUAAUAGCUUUAGUGGAUUAAAUUUAGUGGAACAUAGAGAACAAAGUAAAUGUAGUGUCUUUCAGGAAGUCUGUGUUUUUAACUGUGUACUGAGUAGGUUCCCUAAUCCGUUGUACUAAAAACAGUUAAUUGCCCUCUGAAGUGAUGGGAUUUGAAAGAAACAAAACCCCUAAAUCCUAAAUGUUCUCAAUAUAAAGGCAUAAGCCUAUGCCUAACAUGACUUCUCAUGUUAUUACCCCGUGGAAAAUACAAUCAGCAAUAAAAAGACUUAAUUUGCAGAGGUCAUUUUCAUGCCCACUGAUUACUCUGGUGUAUCCCAACAUCUAUAUUUUUAAAAUUUUACAAACCCUAGAAGAGUCAGAAGGAUGCCUUGACCAUGGCCCCCUUUCCUUCAUCUCCUCCCCCACAGAGAAAUAGUUUGAAACUGUGAGAACACACAGGCAUCGUUUAGGGUUGCAUGUGUGUUAGCCUGGAUCCUUGGUUCCCAAAUGUAACUGCAACCAGGAUCACCAAAUUCUAGGUCCCCACCCCAGAGCUUCUGAAUUAUUGAGUCUGGCCAGGGGCAGGAUCCUGUAUUUUUAUGAACUCCCUGGCUGUUUCGAUUAGCCAGGUUUGGGAAACACCAGCUUAGGGUAUAGGAAGUUGCCAUGGGAAACAGAUCAUUUGAAAUUUGGAACUGGGCUAGAAGUCACUCAUGCAGGAAGCCUGCUAUUUUAAAUCCUUGGCUUUGGGUCAAUGACAUUUAAUGCCCUAUAUCUAGCAAGUGCUGCCCUUUGUUUAACUUUCCAGUCUUAGCUGAGGCUGAGAGAGCUAAAUCUUCGUUUGGUAGGUCUUCUAGAAGUUAAGACAGCGCUUCCCACUGCAUGGGGCAACUGGACUGGCCCCCCAUGGCAUGCAUGAAAAUGGCACUAUUCAGUGUCCCAGGUCUCUGUGUAACCAGGUCAAUAUUGGUGAAAAAAUUUUUUUUUAAGUUUUGCUGAAAUUUUGGGGUGAGACGGCAGGACAAAUUGUCACAUCCAUCCAAACUGUCAAACUGAUUGGUGUAGGUUCAUUGGCAUUCUUUGCGAUACCGCUUAAUUGUGGACACUAUGUGAAAGAAACACAGGCUGUGAUUACCGCACUCACUGUGGGUGCUCCUGGCAGGUGAUGCUUUGGAAGAUGUAGCAGCAGUAACAAGGUACUUGACUACCCACUGGUGCAAUCUCAAUGCAAGCCCCAACUUUCUUCUCCACCUUUUUCAUACUAAGUGUGAAGACUGAGCCAGACUGGCCAUUUUAAAAAAAGAAAAUCUGACUAGGUUCUGUAGAGCCCAUUAGACUUGAAAUACAUUUGUGUUUCUAGAAUGACAGCUCAAGCAUUCUGUUUCUUGUACAGCUUUCUUUUGUUGGUGCUUUGCAUUUUGAUGUUCCUUUGAGUUCUGUGUGACAUCACGAGGCUGGAUGAAAAUUCUCAGACAAGCAGGUUCUAGUCCUAACGAAUACUCCCACCUAAUGAGUACUCCCACCUGAGUUUGUGUGUGACUGCCUUUUUUUUUUUUUUUUUUUUUUUUUACAGUGUUUUCAGUGUAUCACAGAUUUGUUUCCUUUUUGGCCUCUUGCAAAGUCCCCAGAUGAAAAUUUGCCAAUCCUUCCCGCUUUCUGUUUUUAUGAAGACAAUCAAAGCUGGCCUGAGAAACACAAUUUGUGACUUUUUAAAAUGAUCGAUGAUGUCCUUAAAAUGUGGUCUGCCGAUCUGUACAAAUGGUCCUAUUUUUGUGAAGAGGGACGUGAGAUAAAAUGAUGUUAUACAUCAAUAUGUAUAUAUGUAUUUCUAUAUAGACUUGGAGAAUACUGCCAAAACAUUUAUGACAAGCUGUAUCACUGCCUUUGUUUAUAUUUUUUUUUGACUGUGAUAUUCCCCCACAGGCACAUUGACUGUUGCACUUUUGAAUGUCCAAAAUUUAUAUUUUAGAAAAAUAAAGAGAAAAAUACGUGUUUCCAAAAUAGUGGUGUGGCGAAUGUGUGAGAAGUAACUCAAUAGGUAGGGUCUACUGAUAAAAAAAAAUGUAUUACAAAAUGCCCCGUUUGUGUUUUUGUUUUAAAACGUGUAAAUGAAAAUCUUUAUAUUUCAAUAAAUGAUAUAUAUGUAAUUUAAAGUUA